CAGAAGCCAUGGAACAACAAAUACACAGGGACACUUUAUCGUCAACAAGCGAUGAGAGAAACUCGCUUCUCUAUUCAGUGAUCCCCAAGAUCGUCAGAACACGUAUAAGGAAGAUCUCUUCGCUGCGACGGUCAAUGAGCCAAUACACCAUCAGCACAGAGGUAUCUCUUCCAAAUAACGGCGGACAAAUCAGCGAAGUGUUUCCUGAUCUGGGCACACCACCCCCAGGAUAUCGAUCUCGGAUUUCACUCUCGGAGCCAGAGUCCGAUAACGAAGGAGAUUUGGACUUGCCCUUGCGACCAAUGUCAGCUUGCUCGUCUGUGGAUCCGCUGGAGAACAACAGCGGGAUCUUAUGGAUUUUUGCCAAUCAAGGCCUGAGCCUCCUCAACAUAGCCGCUCAAGAAGAUAAAAGGAGACCGCAAGGUAACAACACCGACUCGAAGACCUCGUUGAGCCGAUCGCUGUAUAUACAUGGCGUCACAUACCUGCUAAGAGGCCUACCUAAAAACUUGACUGUAGACGAGAAGAUGAGUGUCUGGUCCUCAGUACCUCCUGAGGUUCAGCAGAUUGCACCAAUAGCAAGCUCGCCAGAAAUCGGACAAUUGGCGCAGUGCCAAAGCUCAACCGAAACGGCUCGGCCAGGCAGCUCGUCCAUUCUGAAACAGGUCAUUGCGAGCAUGGUGGUGCAGAUAUUCAUCAUCACGCAUUUCCUGUUCCCUUACAUCAAGCACUGCCUUGCAAUCCUGUACAAGUACGAGCGAAAGCAUAAAGUUUCGGAACGCGUGCUUGCCUGCAGUGUGCACACAUGUGAAAGUUUCAUGAAGACCGGCCUGCAGGUCACAGGCGCUAUUGGCAGGAUGAAUGAUGGCAAGGUUGGACAGGCCUUGAACGACAUGAGCGUCUGGUGGAUCUCCGGAGUCACGGCGGGAAUUCACCAGGGCAUCGGUGAUGGCCUGGCUAUUGUGGGUGCCAAAGACGUAGAUGAUAGAGGACCAGAGAGCAAGAAGAGACGAUAA